AUGGAGCUGAAGCUUUGUACUAAUCCAGCGUUUGAUCUCUCCAGCUCCAGGAUGUUCCAGCUGCUCCAGGGUCACAUCCAGCCGGCUGGACUGCGAAGCCGCAAAACUCGCCUGGUCACCAAAGACGGACGCUGCAACAUUGAGUUUGGCAAUAUCGAGUACAGUAACCACUUUGCGUACUUGGUGGACUUCUGGACCACCUUUGUGGAGAUCCGCUGGCGCUUCGUUCUCCUCCUGUUCGUGGCUUCCUUCACAGGUAGCUGGUUCAUUUUCAGCCUGCUGUGGUACUGGAUCGCAAAGAGCAACGGUGAUCUGACGGGACAAAACCGCACAGUUGGACAUGUCCAGUGUGUAGACAAUGUUAAUGGCCUCACAACAGCAUUCCUCUACUCCUUGGAGACCCAGACCACCAUUGGGUAUGGCGGCAGGGCGCUGACCGGGCACUGUGCUGGCACUGUAGCUCUCAUCAUCAUCCAGUCUCUAAUCGGCGUCUUCAUCAAUUGUUUCAUGUGCGGCGUCAUCUUGGCCAAGAUCUCAUUACCCAAAAAAAGGGCAAAGACCGUCACCUUCAGCAACACAGCUGUCAUCUGCUUAAAGAAAGGAAGUCUGUGUCUCCUCAUCAGAGUGGCCAACCUUCGAAAGACGUUAUUAAUCGGCAGCCAGAUCUACGGCAAGCUGCUCAGGACGACAACCACACCAGAUGGAGAGACCAUCAUCCUGGACCAGGUGGACAUCGAGUUUAUGGUUGACGCCGGCAAGGAUAACUUGUUUUUUGUCUGCCCUCUGACCCUCUACCACGUGAUUAACAGAUCGAGUCCUUUCUACGAACUGUCAGCCGACUCUCUUCCCCAGCAGGACUUUGAGUUGGUGGUCUUCUUGGACGGGAUCGCCGAGUCCACCAGUUCCGCCUGUCAGGUCCGAACCUCCUACAUUCCGCAGGAGAUCCAGUGGGGAUACAGUUUCCUGCCCAUCAUCUCUCGCACCAAGACGGGAAAGUACCGCGUGGAUUUCUCGAACUUUUCCAAAAGCGUUUGCGUCACCACGCCGCACUGCGUCCGCUGCUUCGAGACCGACUCAGACCAGAGAAACCACAACAACCACAGCCAAGAGCAUCACAACAAUCAGGAGAAGCUGGGAAUCGACAACCUGGGCUUCCAGGUGAUUGACAUCCACGACUCCGUGGACAUCACUAAAAUGUGA